AUGGGGGACCACUUCCUCUCUGAUUGCCCCACCACCCUCACUGUUGACCUCCUCGAGGAGCGCCUCCUAGCAGCAGAGAAGAGCAUAGUCGCUGUAGGAGCCUCUCGUGGUGACCCUCGUGCCCCUGUCUUUGAGGGGUGCUCCCCCUCUCCUCUCUUGCCCUCUGUUGCCUCUGCUGCUACGGCCGACCUCGUUGGUCUUGAGUCGGUCGGUGCAGCGUCUGCCCAUAGCGGGAGACGCCGCACUGGCAAGGGCAAGGGGGGCAGGGGCGCUGGAGGAGCUAGCGGGGGCGGUGGAGGCGGCGGUGGAGGCGGCGGAGGGGGUGGGGGUGGCGGUGGGGGUGGUGGCGGGGGUGGGGGCGUCGGUGGCGGCAGUGGAGGCGGAGGCGGCGGCGGCGGCGGCGGUGGCGGUGGGAGCGGAGGUGGCGGAGGUGGCGGCGGUGGAGGUGGCGGCAGUGGAGGAGGCGGCGGUGGAGGAGGCGGCGGCGGAGGAGGUGGAGCUGGUCGGGGUGGCGCUGUGCAGAGGGUCGGCUCCGGUGGUGGUCAGCGCCAGCAGCAGCAGCGUACUCGUGAGAUCCCCCCCCCUCAGCAGCUUCGUGAGUGGUACGCUGCACGCCAGCGGGGUGGGGGUACUGGUCCGUGCACCUACGUCCUACGCACCGGCGACCGCGCAGGUGAGCCGUGCGGGGGUGCGCACUCCACCCAGCGCUGCUUUGGCCGCCUGACGGACGCUUGGCGUCACCAGUUUCCUGAGGCCACUGAGAUCCCUCGCUGGGGCGAGCUGUCUAGGGCGGGAGUAGCUUUCUUUGACCUUGACUUUGAUGCUAUUCUUGCUGCCAUGUAUGCUGUGACUAUUAGUGAUGAGGGUGACUGUUACCGGUGUUUUCCGCCCGACCCGGGCAUUGGGACUGCUGCUCUAGGUACUAGUGAGGCUGCUGCUCUAGGUGCUAGCGAGGCUGCUGCUCUACGUGCCACUGCGUCUGCUUCCUCAUUUGCUGGUGAUUCUGCUCUCUCAGACCGCACCACACUCACGCCGCUUGGUCGGCCAGUUGCAGUCUAUCUGGCAGACCCCUCUGGGGGUCCUGUCCUUGCUCACUUCUCCACUGUCCUCCCGUGUCCGGCGGCCCCCUCUGGCAACCUGUCUGGUCUUUACCUCCCCUCGUUCUCUACAAACUUGGGGCGGCAGCAUGCUGCCCCUCACUCCUCCGAGUUUCCUCCGACAGAGGCUCCGCUGCAAACGCUUCACAUGGACGUGUGGGGCCCAGCCCGCGUUCGUGGACAGGGUCACGAGCGCUACUUCCUGCUGGUGGUUGACGACUACUCGCGUUACACCACAGUCUUCCCCUUGCGCAGCAAGGAUGAUGUCACUGAGGUGUUGAUCGACUGGAUCCGCGCAGCUCGUCUCCAACUCAGGAAGAGCCUCGGCUCGGACUUUCCUGUUCUGCGUCUGCACUCUGACAGAGGCGGAGAGUUCUCCUCUGGCCUUCUGCGAGCCUACUGUCAUGCACGAGGCAUCCGCCAGGCCUUCACGCUUCCGGACCCUCCACAGCAAAAUGGGAUUGCUGAGCGCCGCAUUGGCAUGGUCAUGGACGUCGCCCGUACGUCCAUGAUGCAUGCGGCUGCCCCCCAUUUUCUGUGGCCGUUUGCGGUUCGGUACGCGGCGCAUCAGAUCAACCUUCAGCCCAGGGUCACCAUGCCGGAGACCUCCCCAGCUUUGCUAUGGACGGGGAAGGUUGGCGAUGCGUCUGCGUUCCAUGUCUGGGGAUCUCGGGCGUUUGUCCGCGACUUGUCUGCGGACAAGCUGUCCCCUCGUGCUGCUCCCUGCGUCUUCCUUGGCUUCCCCCCUGACGCACCAGGGUGGCAGUUCUACCACCCCACCUCUCGCCGUGUUCUGUCCUUCCAGGACGUCACGUUAAACGAGUCGGUCCCCUACUACCGUCUCUUCCCCUACCGCACUCCGUCCCUCCCCCCGCCACCGCUCUUCCUUGUGCCAGGUCCCCCCCCGGUAGACCCCCUUCCCCCCUCAAGGUCCUGCCCCUUCAGGUGUGUCCCAUGUAGACGCAGUCGAGCCUGUGGAGGUCGCUGGUGA